AUGAUGUGGACAGUUAAUUCAUCCCUGGUUGAAGAGGAGGACCCUUGUGUGAAAGUAUGUCUUGCAAACAGCGAAAAGAGUGCAUUUGCCCAUCUGCACUCUUCCAAGGCAGGGACCACAAGAUUUUUCAUCAGCAGUACUCAUUGUUUAGGAGUACUCCAGGGUUUUGACCAACUUCGAGCAGAAGGCCUGCUUUGCGAUGUGACUCUGGUUCCGGGUGAUGGAGAGGAAACUUUUCCUGUUCACAGGGCAAUGAUGGCAUCGGCUAGUGAUUACUUCAAAGCCAUGUUCACAAGUGGGAUGAAAGAACAGGACUUAACAUGUAUUAAGCUCCAUGGGGUGAACAAGAAAGGUUUAAAGAAGAUCAUAGAUUUUAUUUAUACUGCUAAGCUUUCUCUCAAUAUGGACAACUUUCUGGACACUUUAGAAGCUGCCAGUUUUUUACAAAUCUUGCCAGUGUUGGAUGUCUGCAGUCUGUUUCUUAUGUCCGGGGUUUCCUUUGAAAACUAUGCUGAAGUGGGACAGCUUGCCAAAAUGUACAACCUCACUGAAGUGGAUCAGUAUGUGGAUAAUUACAUCCUCAAGAACUUUCCUGCAUUGUUAAGGACCGGCAAGUUUGUGCAACUUCCCUUUGAGCAACUAGCCUUGGUCUUGUCGAGCAAUAGCCUGAAGCACUGCACGGAACUGGAACUCUUCCAGGCUGCUUGUCGCUGGCUGCGCGCCGAGGAGCCACGGAUGGAACAUGCAGCAAAGCUCAUGAAGCACAUCCGGUUCCCUCUGAUGACCCCAGAGAAUCUCCUCAACCACGUGCAGAUGGUGGAUUUCAUGAGGACUGACAAUGCAUGCUUGAACUUGCUUCUGGAAGCCAGCAACUACCACAUGAUGCCCUACAUGAAGCCCCUUCUGCAGUCGACAAGGACAGCCAUCCGCUCGGACAGCACUUACCUGGUCACACUGGGCGGAGAGUGGUGGCAGAAGCUGGAGCUGAUGGUCAAUAAAGAGGUGUUGAUGUUUGACACAAGAGAGCAUGAGUGGUGGUCUCUGGAGCCCAUGGAGGCGCCCCGAUGUCAACAUGGCAUUGCUGUGAUUGAGAAUUUUAUUUACAUUGCUGGCGGUGAGAGCAAUUAUUAUGCAGACAGGAAUAUAGUGGUUGACACAGUAUUUAGGUUUGAUCCUCGCCAUUUUAAGUGGAUGCAAGUGGCUUCUUUAAAUGAAAAGCGAACCUACUUGCACCUAAGUGCCCUUAAAGGGCGUCUGUAUGCAGUUGGUGGCCAGAAUGCACUUAGUGAAUUAGCCACAGUGGAAUGCUACAAUCCAAGGAUGAACAAAUGGAGUUACGUGGCCAAAAUGAAUGAGCCCCUCUAUGGCCAUGCAGGGACUGUCUAUAAGGACCUGAUAUAUAUUUCGGGAGGCGUUACCAAUGGUACUUUCCAUAAGGAACUCAUGUGCUUCAACCCUGAUACAGAUAGUUGGACUCAAAAGGCUCCAAUGAGUACAGUCAGAGGCUUUCACUGCAUGUGUGCUGUUGGUGACAAACUGUAUGUCAUUGGUGGAGGCCAUUUGAGAGGAAAAAGACAUUUUGAUAUUCUAAGCUGUGAAUAUUACUCACCAAGCCUAGACCAGUGGACAUCAAUUGCGGCUUUGCUCCAUAGUCGAAUUGAUGCUGGGGUGGCUGUGUUUGAAAAUAAAAUCUAUGUGGUUGGAGGAUCUUCAUGGAACAACAACCGUAUGGUGAAAACAGUUCAGAAGUAUGACCCAGAAAAGGAUGAGUGGCACAAAGCCUUUGACCUCCCAGAAUCUGCCAAGGGCAUACGGGCCUGUACACUGACAAUGUGCCCUCCUGAGGAUGAUACAAUCGCCUUUUAG